CUGGCUGCCAGGCGGGUCUAGCAAUGUCUCUCAACCUCACGUAACACACCUUGCAACACUCUCAACCUCUUACCGACAUCGUCUGAUUUUCGAUGUGAUGUUCAAGACCUGAAGAACUUAGACAUAUGUUUAUGGUACAGCUGUGUUAACUGGUUGACCCCGUGUGGGUUACUUAUUAUGACUAAAGAUUAGCUUUGUAAAUUUAAAUCAGCAUCGAGGUUACUGUGUUGUUGGUGCAGCGGGCAAUAAAUUUAACUCUACAAAUGUUCAGUAAUUAUUAAUGAACAAGAUGUAGAUCUACAUCUCCACUACACUGAAGUGUGAGGAUGGGUCAGGAGCUGGAAGGGGAGGAGGCUUCAACAGACGAGCCCAGGAGCUGGGUGGGGAGGAGGGCAGUCACCCACACCCUGUUCUCCACCCUAUCACACUCUACUGUGACUCCACUUGAGCUUCGCCCUAGUAUAAUAUACAGAACAUCACAGUAAAAAACUAUUGACAAAGACUUGGAUAAAUAUUAUUGUGUUGUUAUCGCAUGGCCUUUUCAACCAGAAUGAGCAGACAGGUGUUGCCACCCCAUGGCGUGGCGUGGCGUGACAUGAUCUCCAAAGGCGAUCUGAUUUACAAGAGUGCUCUGUAAUAUCCGUCGCAGCAAGACGUCAUAAAGAUGGCGACUAUUGAGAACAUGCCACAGCCUAGUGACGUUCUGGACGUCUCGUCCCAAGCGCCUCUAGUAUCACAUACUUUUCCCCAGGCGUCCUCGCUAGUGGCAGCAGGCUCUCACUUCCCGGCCACCAUGUUGGCCAGAUCCGGUGCAAAGUCUGCUAAGGAAAAGAGAGAUGUUGACAACCACUGUGAAAACUCUUCCAGACAUUCGGCCCCAGCCGUUGGUCGUGUAUCACCUGUCAAGGGAUCUGUGGAGUCAUCGGUCUCGGGUUCUCUGUCCCCCAGCAGUGUCUCGCCUCAGGCUCCUCAAUCAGAUGAUCUCGAAUCCCCGAUGGCCGUUUCCAGGAAUAGUGAUGAUGAAAGUCCCUUCCCAGAGGAAACUAUAAACCGGCUGUCGCAAUAUUCUCUUACGCCGGAACCCAUUACACCAAGUCUUCCAAGAAAUAAGAUCCAAUUCAUUAUCUCGUUAAAAGGGGAAUUAAAAAAACAUAAUACAAUUCCUGCAAACUUCAACAAACUUGGCUUUUUCGAAGAACUGUACAAACUAUUGGCGGACGACAUGUGGGAGAUCCGCAAUGAGACUACACUCCUCAUCCUUGACCUACUUCCAUACCUCAAGAGCGACGUGGACAGCUGCAUGGCUAUCGUGCUUCCUAACCUCAUACCUAACCUGGGAGACAGUCGGGCUCGACUCCAGAAGUCAAACGUUAAGCUUCUUAAAGCUUACGCCUCCGUAAGCAAGGAUAAAGAAGGGCUUGUUGAAGAUCUGGUUACCUACGGCAUCAACCACAAGAAGAAGAAUGUUAGCAAAAUGGCCACACUGAACAUAAUUCACCUCUUGACGAAAGAUUUAUACGAAGUCGACUUUUCUCUCUUGGCUCAGUCCCUCUAUACGAAGCUCCAAGACUCCGACAUGAAGCCCGCAGCUCUACCGACAUUCAGGCAGCUUCGAAGUCUAGUUGGAGAAGAGAAGUUUAAUAGCUACAUAAACUAUCUGAGUUCUCGGUCGCGGGAAAUGCUUGAUGAGCUCCUCGAGUGUGUGAGCCCAAGUGCCAAGGAAGUAAAGAGUGAGGCUGAAAACGAUGACCACAAAAACGACGGCGGCAACGACCAACACACCGGUGAUAACGACCAACAGAACGACGGCACCGAUGACCAACAGAACACCAGUAAUAACCAACAAAACGAUGGCAUUGACGACCAACAGAAUGACGGGGAUGAUGAGCAACAGAACGUCGUCGACCACAAGGAAAGUGAAAGCGGCGACAAAAAUAAUGAAAUCGAAAACGGCAAGCUCGAAAAUAACGAGCACAAAAGGGACGACGAUAUAAACGGCGAUAACGACGACCACGAGUAUAGCAACGAUGUGGUUUUGCCAACUCUGGAGGAGAGGAGGCACAGCCCCGAUGGAAAGAUAGGAAGCAGCCAGGGAAGAACAGAGUUCGGGAUUAUUGACGCUGCCAUCAUUGAUAAAAUACGACAUCCCAGAGACUGGAAGACCCGUUCCGAGGGCUGCGAGCAACUGUGGACGCAGCUCAAGUGCUUGGAAGACUUCACAGCCUUCCUGCCUCACCUCUCAAAUUUCCUCUCACUCCUCGACUCUCUCAUCGACGAUAACAACUUCAGGAUAUCCAUUAUUGUCCUCGAUAUCUUCCGCAUCCUGAUAGAGAAGCUUCAGGGCGAUCUGCCGACGUACCUACGGCAGAUCGUCCACUCGGUGAUCAAACAAGUUGGCGACUCGAAAGUGGUGGUGAGAAUCGAAAAUAUGAAGGUCUUUCAAAAGCUGCUUCAGAACGCCACGCCAGCGGCGGUCAUGCCCAUCCUGUGUGAUAAUCUAGGCCACAGGUCACCCCGGGUGAGGGAAGAUUGCCUCAACUUUAUCAUCUACGCUCUCAUGACCUUUCCUAGCUAUGAAUUUGACCUGAAUUACUUGUCGGAGAAGGUAAGCAUGAGCGUGACUGACCCUAAGCGUCGGGUGCGGCUGGCAGCUCUGGAGUGCAUGGCGGCCAUUGCUCAGUUCCUGGGACCUGCCAAGCUGGGCCCGCUCAUGGCCGCCCUCGACAACCUCGAGGACAAGGAUAAGGAGGCAGGUGCGUUGGCAGCAGUACAAGCACGACUGGCACGGCGUCAACUGCCCAGGGUCACACCUGAUGGUCUCAUAGAGUACUCCCUUGUGGUGCCAUCCUCAAACAAGAGGAACAACCUCACUUAUCCUAAAGGAGCGGACGUGGACUGGGUACUGGCUGGGUCAGGGGGCAUUAUGUCUGCUCUCUCAGGAGGUAACGGAAACCUCUCGUCAUCUCUCUCCUCGUCCUUCGCUGCUUCAGAUUCCUUCGUCAACACCCUCGCCUAUGCACACCCACAAUCUUCGCCUACUCUACCCAGAAGCGCCUUGCAUGAGGAAAGUCUUCAUAGAAAACGUUCUUUCUCUGAUGUAGCUCUCAACACUGUGGAUGAACGUGGCCUCACGCUGUGGAACACAGACACCAUAGACCUGAGCAGGACCGCACCUCCAGACUUGGGCACUUACCGCGGGGUUUACCUGGCCAAGCUGCGGCAAGGUUCCUCUUAUAACCGCUCCAUCAACUUCGACAAAGGUUAUUCACUGCUGCCCAACAAGUAUGGCAGCAGUGGUGUGGGCAGUGCCCGGGGAGACACACCAACAAGUCGAUCACCUUCCAUACAUAGACGACUCAACUCCCUCGCUCCCUUAGACCAAGGAUCGGCACGCAGUUUCAUCCCUCCAUUGUCCGCAGUGUCGAGGCGUUCCCGACCCGGCCACACACACGAGUUCCACUCCGACCCUGAAGACGAUUUUGAUGAGGAGGACAAGUCAGAGGAGUAUUAUUAUGAGGAAGAUGAGGUGGAGGAGGAAGAAGUGGAGGAAGACUUGUUGGCUGAGGAUAAGAGUUCAUCCCGGCCCAGAAGUUCAGCCACCACGUUGGACAGCGGCAUCUCAGUUUUCUCUGUUUCUAACGAGUUCGACGCUGCCACAGAAAACGUAAAGGAAGAGGUCAAAGGGGCGGUGAACAGCGCUAGCAGCAGCGGCAACAGCAGCAGCGGUAGACAGCAACAACAGAUCAUCCAGAGUAAAGGAUCCUCCGCGUCGUCACUCUCCUCAGUCGACGAUCAAGGAUGGAAUAAGUGGGAACCCUUUGCUAGUCUUGUGAGGCUUGCUGUGUUGUUAGGCGCUCGGUUCCUGGGCCCCCUCGUGGAUUCUGGUCGUGAUGUAUUUCUGUCGCUCUAG